ACCUAUCACCACGCCCAUCCUCAAGUCCAGCCCACUUAAUCAAUUAUUCAAAAUGGCGUCCAAGGCCGAGUACUUGAAAAAGUAUUUAUCUCCUGCAGAACCAACUAGCGAGGAGAAAAGAAAAAAGAAAAGAAAAACGAAGAAAGUGAAGAACGUUAGAGUGCACGAUGAUGAUCUGGACUGGAAGAAACUAGCACCAAAAAUUGAUGAAUAUGAUGACGACGACCCAGAGGAGGCCCCUGUCGUUAUAGACAUAACUGGGGAUGAUCCCGAGACCAAUUUCAAGUGGAAGGCAGUCCAACCUGCCAGCCCAGUCAACUUGUCUAUUGUUAAAGUAGAAAAGUCACCUUCUCCCUCUCCCUCCCACCCCUCACCUAAUCAUCAACCAAACAACUCGAGUCAAAAGAUUAAAAAGAAAAGAAAAGAGAGAGCUGAUUCUCCUGAUUUCAGUCCUCCUCGACGUAAAAAUUUAAAAGAAGCUGACGAUCUUAGCCCCCCUAGAAGGGGGAAAUCCCCCAAUGACAUCAGUCUUCCUAGAAGGAGAAACUCCCCCGGGGAUAUUAGCCCACCUAGAAAAAGGACAAAGAUUCCAGAACCUAAUUCAAAUUCAAAGCCACGCGGUUCAAAGACAGUACCUCCUAGAACUAAACAGCACUCUCUGUCAUCUGACACGAGUCCACCACGUAAACCAUCAUCAGCCACGCCCAGGUCUCGUCUUGACUCUAGCCAAUCGGAUUUAAGUUUACCAAGACACUCUCCACCUCCUGUGAAAAUGAUCCUUGGUUCAAAGAGAGCUGGACUUCAGUCUGGAGAUGUGGCCCAGGAGGAGGUUCUCCGUGCUAAUGCAGAGAGAGAGAGGUUCAUACGGUCCUUAGACCCGUUGGUGUCUGGUAGAAAUGCUCCGACUGUGUAUAGGAAUAAAGAAGGUAAAAGGAUUGAUCCUAACGCUCCUGAGAACCCACUGACCGAGGAAGAGAGGAAGAAAAAGGAGGAGGAUGACCUUCAGUUUGCUCAAUGGGGGAGAGGUGUUGCUCAGGUCCAGUCAGCUAAAGACAAAGUGGAAGAUGACAUGUAUGAAAUGUCAAAGCCACUCGCUCGCUAUCGUGAUGACGAAGACCUCGAGAAAUUCUUGAAGGAGAGGGAGAGAGAAGAGGAUCCCAUGUUGAAGUUUCUGACGAAAAAGAAAAAGAAAGGAAAGAAAGGGGGCAACCCAAGAUUAAAUAGACCCACAUUCAAAGGCUCCUGGCCACAGAACAGGUUUGGUAUCCCGCCGGGGUACCGUUGGGAUGGGGUCGAUCGGUCUAAUGGCUACGAGAACAAACGCUACUUACUUAAAGCAGAAAAAGAAUCGAUUAAAGAGUUUGCUUAUAAAUGGAGUGUAGAGGAAAUGUGAUUGUGACAAGUAAUUUAUGUUGAAUUCCCUCUCUUUCUCUCUCUCUCCUCUCUUUUUAAAUAAUUAUCAUCUCUUCAUUGACUGUUUUUCUAUUAAUACUGAACUUAA